AUGAAGGUCGUUUUCACCAUCGCUGCUCUGUCCGUGGCCGUCGCCGAGUAUUGUCAGGAUAUUUGUGAUGGUUAUUCUCCCUGUGCUGACUCGAAGUAUGGCUCCUACUGCAAGGGCAACGGUGUCUGCUUCGGUCUCUACCAUAAGGAUGAUGGUUACUGCUUCCAGCCGACCGAACAGGACACCUGUGAUGACUACACGUUGGAGCCG